GGUGUCAUGUUGGAUGGGGCGGUGGGCACUUGUCUGGGAUUAAAACAUACAAACAAACAAUUGUUUGAAUCGAGGAAAAGAGAAGGGCUUUGGAAUCAGAUGGAGGAGUUCAAAUAUCUGCUACUAGUUAGCAGUGUGAACUUAUGUUACUCCUGCCUCGAUUCCCCUCCCUGUACAACAGGAAUAAGAAGACCUACCCUUUGCAGAUUUAUAAUGAGGGUUAAUAAUAACAUGUGGGCAGCUCCCAAGCAUUGUAUCUGCUGCAUGGUUUCUCCCCCAUCUCUGAUGUGGACCUGUUUUGAAAGUGUCCUUCUUUGCUUUUUAAAAAUGUGUUUUUAUUUAAAUUAAAAAAAAUACAUGUGGCUUCAUUGUAUCUGCUCUGUGUCUAUGGCAAAUUGACCUUUCAUCACCAAGUCCUGGCUGCAGUUGCAUGUCAGUGACACACCCAUGAGGCUGACCACUGCCAUCAUUCUUUUAAGACUGGGCCACCAAGCAAACCCCUCGGAGAGUUUCCCUCAUGCCUUUCCUUGCCUGAGUACAAACGAAAUCUGAAGUCAUCGCCUGAUGUCCAAGGCUGCCCUCUAGCUUGAGCCCCGCUUACCCUCCCAAUCUCAUUUCCAGCUUCUCGCACAUGCUUUUCCUUGUUCCACCGUGGUCCCCUCAAGUCCCACGUUCUUCAGGAGGUCUUCUCAGAUGACUCCAGUUAGGAUGACUGACCCAUCCUGCCUGGGGUUUGCUCACUGAUGCUCAUGUUAUAGUUGAUACAUUUGCCUGUUACCUACUAGACGGGUCCACAGAGCUGACACCUGACCUGGGUGGGACCCUGGCAGUCGUCUGGUUUGCCUGGCCUCCUUUCCCUCGUGAUUUUUAUCUGGGCACACAAAGGCCCAGAGGAGAAAGGAGUGGUCCAUAGUCACUCAGAAAGUCAUGGAGAGCUGGGACUGCAGCCCAGGUAAACUGCUUUUCUCAUCGCCUUCUGCUGUGGGGCAGAGACCAUGUCCUCCCCUCAGGACUUGGCACAAGGUAGGCACCCAGCAGCUAUAACCAAGAGAGUUCCCAUGAUGGCACGAGGUACCUUCUAGGUCUCCCCAGAUCCUCACGUCAGUCCUGAAAGGCAGGUAUAAUGAUGCCUUCGCACGUAAGACUAUCAAUUAUGAGAUGAGGAGGAGAAGAAACUUGCCUAGGGUGAGCAGGUCAGAUCAUGUCACUCCUCAGCUCAAAACCCUCCAUGGGCUUCCUAUUCCAGUGGGAAUAAAUUCGAAGGGAAGGCCUUCCAGGGCCUGCAAGCUCUCUGUGACCUGGCUCCCGGCUCCCCCUUGGACCUCAUCUUCCACUACUGCCUUCUCCACCCUUGACCCUGUCUCAUACUCAGCUGCAUUGGCCUCCGUGAACUCACCAAGUGUGAUCUCCCCUCAGGGAGAGUCGUACAGUUUCUUGGUGGUGUCAGGGUCCACCAAGGGGCCUCUCCUGGUACCCCAGCAUCCCAGGUCCGUGGGCCCUCUCCUACCUCCACCACCCUUUCCCGUAGUCCUGACCUAGGCUUAUCAUUACCAAUACUGCACCCUUUCCAUAAUUUUAGGUCCAAGCAUCCCACUGUCCUCAUUUCCACCUCACCUCCCUUAGUAGCCCACAUAAACUAUUCUUCAACCUCACUCACAUCUCCAUUCCAUCGUCCCUGUCACCUUUUCACAGUCCCUCAGCCCUAUCCUGACCUCCCGCCACUUCUUACCUACCCGUCACUAUAAUCACACCCUCAACAACAUGUUUGACUCCCUUGUCCUUCUCUCCCUUCAUCAUACUCCCCCAAUGUUGAAAAGUCGGCUGGGCCCACUCCGUGCCUGCACCGCAGAGCUGAAUGGAGCUGGAGAAAAACGCACCACCAUGUUGACCGCCCUGAAUUCAUGGCCACUCACCCUGUGAUGCCUCAGGGAUGCCUGCCCACCUGGGCUUAAAGAAGACGUGUGUGAUCAUGGAUCAGGAACGCCCGCGCUCUGAUCUCAGCAUAAACAGCAGAAACGACCUCCGCAAGGUUUUGCAUCUUGAAUUUCUCUACAAGGAGAACAAAGCAAAGGAAAAUCCUCUAAAGACAAACCUUGAACUCAUUACCAGAUACUUUCUGGAUCACUUUGGAAAUACUGCCAUCAAUUUCACUCAAGAAACAGCAAUACCUGCACUCUCGAUUCCAAAGAAAAAUAACAGAUUGCCAUUGAGAUGCUCAGAGACCACGCUGGUGAAUAUAUAUGACCUUGCAGAUGAAGAUGCAGGAUGGAGAACUUCGUUGUCAGAAACAAGCAAAGCCAGACACGACGAUCUUGAUGGGGAUAUGCUUGGUAACUUCGUGUCAUCCAAAAGGCCCCCACACAAGAGUAGGCCCAUGCAGACUGUUCCAGGUGGAAGCCCUGCUGUGGGCCCUGCGUGGGAGAAGAUGGAAAAGCUUCAGUCGUCGGAGCCUGCCUUGGAUACGAAGAGGAUGGGAGAGAAGGUCAGGCCGAAACCUGGCCUGAUCGUCCGAGGCAUGAUGGCCGGGCCCAUCGCCAGCUCCCCGCAGGAUCCCCUCCGCAAACGCUCCCUGAGGCGGUCCCCCGCCUUGAGCAGCAUCACCCACCCCCACGAGGAAGAGAGCCCCAAAGCGCCCGAGUUCUCCCACCGCACCCCAGCCUGUCCUGCCCCACAGGAGGGCCUGGCGUCCAGCCCCGGCUCCAACUCCAGGAGCCCCCAGGGCCCGCUCAGUGAGCUGAUCCCAGAGAAGCGGAGAACGGCGCCCAGCAGCCCUCCUCACCUGCCGAGCAAAGGGCUGCCCCAGAGGGGGAGCGGCAGGGGCAGAGACCCUCCAGAGGACAGCCCCGCUGUGGACUCAGAGGCCGACAGGAUGCCCUUGAAGUUCUCCUUGCCCGGCGGGAAUGCCAGGACAACCCAGGAGAGGCUGGAAAGAGCAUUCAAACGGCAGGGGAGCCAGCCCCCGCCCCUCAGGAAAAAUCAGCUGCCAGUGUCCAACAAGGCCGAUGAUGAGCUGGGAGUCCUGCAGCUCGAGGAUGUGGAGGAUGAACUGGUAAGGGAAGAAGUCCUCCUGUCUCCAGUCCCAUCCCUGCUCAAGCUGCAGACAGUGUCAAAGCCAAUCGACCUCUCAGUGGCAAAGGACCUAAAGACCCUUCUGUUUGGUUCCAGCUUUUGCUGUUUCAAUGAAGAAUGGAAACUUCAGAGUUUUUCCUUUAGUGACGCAGCCUCGUUAAAGUAUGGCAUUGUUCAGAACAAGGGGGGUCCCUGUGGGGUUCUGGCAGCUGUCCAAGGCUGUGUCCUACAGAAACUCCUGUUUGAAGGAGAUAGCAGAGCUGACUAUGCGAGGCAGCUGCAGCCUUCAAACGCCCACAGGACCCACUGCCUCGCCCUGGCCAUUGCGGACAUUGUGUGGCGGGCUGGGGGCCACGAGAGAGCCGUGGUCACACUGGCUUCAGGAGCACAGCAGUUCAGUCCAACGGGGAAAUACAAAGCAGAUGGAGUCUUAGAAACACUCAUACUCCAUAGUUUGACCUGCUAUGAGGAGCUGGUGACUUUUCUUCAACAGAGCAUCCAUCAGUUUGAAGCGGGCCCCCACGGAUGCGUCCUGCUCACCGUGUCGGCCAUCCUGUCCAGGUCCACGGAGCUCGUCCGCCAGGACUUCGAUGUCCCCACCAGCCACCUGAUUGGAGCACACGGAUACUGCACACAGGAACUUGUCAAUCUGCUCCUGACCGGGAAAGCCGUGUCCAAUGUUUUCAACGACGUGAUUGAGCUGGAUUCUGGAAACGGGAACAUCACACUCCUCAAAGGCAUUGCUGCGCGCAGCGACAUUGGCUUCUUGUCUCUCUUUGAGCACUACAACGUGUGCCAGGUCGGCUGCUUCCUGAAGACCCCGAGGUUCCCCAUCUGGGUGGUGUGCAGCGAGAGCCACUUCAGCGUCCUCUUCAGCCUGCAGCCGGAGCUCCUGCGAGACUGGAGGACAGAGAGGCUCUUUGACCUGUACUACUACGACGGCCUGGCCAACCAGCAGGAGCAGAUCCGGCUGACUGUUGACACCACCCAGACAGUCCCUGAGGACAGAAACAAUGACCUCGUCCCACCUCUCGAGCUCUGCAUCAGAACCAAGUGGAAGGGGGCGUCGGUGAACUGGAACGGCUCAGACCCCAUCCUGUGACCCUUCAUGUGGGUAAGCCCUAUGGCUCACCACUCAUCACUGCAGGUGACAGCUGAGCCCCAGGUGUCAGGGACAAGUCUCUCAGAAGAGUGUCACCUCACCUGGGCCCGCACUGCUGCAGAAGCAUCCAGCACCUCCCUGCUGCCUCCACGAAGGGUCCCCCUGGACUGUGGUGAAGGUCGGGGGUGCUGAGGUGCAGCUCCCUCCUGGCUGAGCUGUGACUGCCAAGGACUGGAAGGAGGCUGGCCAGCAGGGCCUUUGCCACCUUUUGUCUGCCUCCCUCCUUUGUACCCCACUGGGCUGUCCCCUCGCCGAGCCUCUGAUACAGUCGGCCCAGAGACCCUCGGCGCAGGGACCCUGAGCACUCAUUAUUUCUGGCAGUUGGCUUUCUAUAAAACAGGAAUCAAACCCA